GAUAAUUUCAGGGUAAAUGAAAGUGAGUUUGUACAAUAUACAGAGAUAGAGAAUCAUGAUAAUUUUUACUCUGUAGAGGAAGGUAGAGUACAUGUACAGGAUCAGAGAGGUUACUAUAUCAUGUACGAUCAAGCACUUCAUGAUCUAGAGGAAAUGGAGAAAACAUUACUGUUAGUAGCUACACAUUAUAUAAAUAAAGAUAAAGAAUUACGUCUUGUAUCUAGAAUGAAAAUAAAUGAAUCUCAAACUGUAGGAGAUUUUGAUAUUCCAACAUAUGCCCAUCAAGAAGUUGAUAGAAUUGGUAUAUUGUUAGAUUUAUGGAGUAACGAAGCUGCUUUUAUUGAAAAUAAGCGAGAGUUAUUAGAUUGUUAUUAUGAAGCCUAUCAACAUGUGUAUGAUCGAGAUGAGAAGAGAGGUCUGGCACAAGUUAUGACUGAUAUUAUCUAUAGACGUCCACGAUAUGACUUUACAGCACCUUAUUUUAUACAGUCUUAUCGUACAGAAUGUGUUAUAUUGCACCAUACUUCUACAUUAGUUAAAAAUAUUCUGGAUAAACAGAUAGAAGAAGAAAGAGAAUAUAUACAGCGUGUAUGUAGAGAUGGUGAUGCAGAGUUUGGUUUACCGUAUCGUAUUAUACCAAAACAACCAAUAUCAGUUAAUCUAACUAGGUCAGCUUUAAAAAAUGUGUUUAUGCUAGAAUUUCAUCCUACAUUGUCUAUUGCUAGUCGUAUACCACAGGCUAUCAAAUACUCUCUUACUGAGUUGAUAAGAGUACAUAAACCAGCUACUGUACAAGAUAAAAUACUCCUGGAAAAGAAAUUAUUAGAGGUGGCACAGAAAGAAUUUAGGAAUUUAAGAAAUAUGGGGGCAUCCUACACUCCUCAAAUACAAAAAGAUCUGUAUUCAGAUGUAUUUGCUGAAGAUCCACUUUUUAUCUGUGAAAUAGCUCAAAGUUUAGUGUCUCAGAAAGAACAAGGUGCUUCAAGAUCUACCAAAGAUAAACAAAUGGCUAUUGUGAAUGCUUAUUGUCAGGUGAUGGAGACUGUCACAUUAAGACAUCGUUUGAUGGAUUCAGCCUGGGAAUCAGAGAUACUGGCCAAGGUAUACAGGAGUCAGGCUAAAGAAUUAGAAUUUGAAGAUUAUCAUAUGUUUUUAAGAUUCGUUCAGUUUGAAUUUGCUGUAUUUAAAGAAGAUGCUGGGAAACCGCCACCAAUAUUUAUUACAUCUUUACAAGAAGAUGAUACUUCUGUUGAUAGAUAUGUACCAUCAUCUUUAUAUCUAGCCAUACAUGAAUUAGAUGAAGGCCAUGUUGGAAGAUUUUCAUUCAGAAGUCGAGAUGGAUUUAUGCAGAUAUUGAGACCAGGUGGUGUCAAAAGUUUGCAAGUUAUAUUGAAGGCUCAAGUGGUCCAUAAAAACUCUUUGGUGGCAGCUGUACAACAAACUGAUAUAUGUCAUCCUGUUAAAUAUACUGAAUGGAAAAGGUGA